CUAUCAAAUCCCCAUACUGAGCCCAUUGCAAAAAGCAGUUUCACAUCGAAAGACUCAACUCCUUCACGAUUAAACAGUUCAAAAGCAUCAAUUAGCCGAAAACGCUUAUCUUCAGAUAGAUCAAAACCUUCAACAACCUCAAGUGUGAAACCGGUGACGAAGAGCGUAUCCAUGUCAGUAUUGACCACGUCAUUAGCUAAGCCAACAUCUAAUAUAUCAUUAAAAGGAUCACACACAAGAGUGGUUUCAUCUAAAUCAACACAAUCAACAUCAUUGAAGCGAUCCACUCUUGGACCACAAAUGUCAACAUCAGAGAAUCCAUCCAUGUCUUCGAAGCCAAAAUUAAUGUUCAAAUCAAUACCAAGGAAGUCAAUCAAACAUCUUCAAUACCAACAAGCUAGUUCUCCAACUAUGAAACAAAGACUACUGAAAGCCCCCAACUCAUUGCCUCUCUCUCUUAAUGCUUCUCCGAUGAUAUCAUCAAUACCUGAAAAGAAGAAACCAGUUUUUAUCAGCACGGGUAGAUCUGGAAGACAUGUUGAAUCUUCUCUAGUCAACGGAAGGGGCAUUAGAUGGAAAUUGUCUUCUUUGGAAAGAGGGGGUCCUCGUCCUCUUAAUUGUGGUAUCACCCAUAGCAGCAUUAGAGGAAACUCCAUUGCUCCCUCAACUAUGAGUAGAUUACACGGUAAAGCUAACACUAAAGCCAGUCCUAUAGCUGUUGGGACUAAAAUGGUAGAGAAAGUGGUGCAUAUGCGAAAAUUGGCCUCGCCCAAGCAAGAUAGUAGCACUAGACAAUCUUCAUAUGUUUCUUUUUUGUCUUCAAAGUCUUCAUUGAGUGAUAGUUUGGGGUUUGGAAGGGAAAACUCGAAGAGACCUUUGAAUAUGGCUAUGAAACACACAGUAUGUAAGGAUAAAAAGCGAACUGUUCCAGCUAAUAUGAACCCAUUGAGAUGACUGAAAUUCCAACAUUAUCAUCAACCAGAAUUAGUUCAGGGCCCCAAUGAUAGGCGGGAGCAUUUCAUACAUACCUCAGGGACCUACUGGCUAAUGGAUGUUUAGUGGAAAGAGAUAAUGGAUGAUCAGACUCCCCUUCACAUGAGUGAUAUUAAGGGCUAAUUCUGUCACAUCACACACACACACACAUACAUACAUACAUACAUACAUACAUACAUACAUACAUACAUACAUACAUACAUACAUACAUACAUACAUACAUACAUACAUACAUACAUACAUACAUACAUACAUACAUACAUACAUACAUACAUACAUACAUACAUAUAUAUAUAUAUGUGUGUGUGUGUGUGUCAUGUUGAAUGGUUGAUUUUUAAACAUGGAAGCAACAUUUUACAAAUAGAGUAGUCGUGAUUUCCAUGGAGGAUACUUACCGGAUGGUUUAGUUAUGUAAAAGUUCAUGUGAUUUAGUGAAAUGUGUAUGUAUUACUAGAUACAAGCCUAUGAGUAAACAAUCUUAUCUAGGAUAUUGAUCGCACACAUGAUGUAUAUAAGGCUCACAAUGGUGACUAUUUGGCGAAUCACACUCUUGAUUUAUGAAUUCCAUGCUUUUCACUUCGGUACACAACUAUUGACCUUGCUAAGUUGGCACUUCGACAAACCACUAUCAGUGCUCGUGGUAUUGUAUUUAUAUAACCGAUACGUAUUGUGCUCAAGCAAAUUAAACGUGCAUUUGCCAUAUAUUUCACCUCUAGUAUUGCGAGAUAAAUUAUACGUUAUGUUUUUGUUCAUAUAUUUUUGGCUGAUUAUCUCUUAUCCUUGAGUUUUUAUUUUUUCUCGGGCAAUGCUUUGUUUUUGAGCUAUCUUUCAGGACGGAAUUUCAGAGUGUUGGGGUUCGGUUUCCAUCUAUGGUCAUUGAUUUCUAAGAUUAGGAAGAAAAAUUUGCGGACUCCCUCCACAUUCUAAGGGCUGAAGAGAAUCGUAAUAUUGAACCUCGAGCAGCAGCCUCUAGUGUAGAGCAAUAGUAAAACAGAAUGCUAUUAUUCGAAGGUUGAAAUUAGGAGGAAUAAUUGAAUAAUUACUUGUACGUACGGAGUAUUAUAUUAUAAUUAUUUAGAAUAAUACUUAAACCAAAUAUCAUCAUUCUGUUUGGCACUAUUAUUAGUGUUACUGUAAUGAUUAUUAAUAGUAUCCAUAUGGAUAUCAUAAUAUUACUUAGGUCUGAAUGUACCAACACAUACGAUAUUCAUUCAUAUUGAUAAAUGCGUUAUGGGUAAG